AUGUGGAUUCCAAUUAUUAUCCCUUUUGGUUUGACUGAUGAUGAAUGGGCUCAACUAUUUUUUAUUCCAUUUUUUAAAGUAAAGAAAGGAACACCUUUCCUUCAUUGCUCUAUGUGUGGAUGUACAGUACCUUAUGUUGAAUCCUACAAUCCUCAGAAUCAAGUAGAAGACUUAAAUUUCGAACCGUCUGGAGAGGAUCUCAAACCAAAAAAGAAACAUCAUCACUUUAGAAAAGAAAAGAAAGAAGAAGAAUUACAUUAA